AUAGGGCCUCACGACAAGGCCCAUGAAUCAAAAACUACCUUCUCUCACACUCACUCUCAUCAACCCGACCAGCACUCCGGUGAUCUGUGUAUGUCUCUGAGGCAGUGCAGCUCCUUAGUUGGUGUCAUUGACAGGGAGCUCUCUACAAAAAGGAUGAAGAUUGGCAAGGCCCCGGCACUCCUGAAGAAGGCCGUGAGCAUGUGCAAGAGCAAGACCAGCGUGCUAGCGGCAAGACUCCUCGUCCUCGCAUCGUUCCGCCGCAAGGUUGUCAUGGCCAGUGUAAUCUCUAACAAGAUCCAGUCGCUGAUGAUGGCUGCCGACCGGGUGAUGGUGAGAGUGGAUAGCUGCCACAAGGCUCUCGUGCUCCGGAAGGCCGAGAAGUCGCUGGCGAUCUAUGGGUGUGAGAUUGUUGAUGAUCUCUCUCAUCAAUUCAAACUGUUCGACCAAGAAGAAAAUAGUGAUGGUGGCUGCCCUGACUGGACGUUGCACCCCAUCUUCAACGGUGACGACAACUGUUCCUACACUGAGGAGUACUACGAGGGGGAUGACGAUGAGCUGUCAGCGAUGUAUGUAAUCAGCAGCAAUCGAGAUGUAGAGAGGUUGGAGUUUAACUUUAACAUAGAAGACGAUAUCGACCAGGCUGCCGAAAUAUUCAUCAGCAGGUUUCGAGAGCAGAUGAACAAAAGCUUUUAGUGAUCCACUGAUCCUUUGUUUUGGUAUAUCAACAUGAUACUGUGUUUAGCAAGCGCUGACAAAGUGAUAGUAGUGGUGGGUAAGAGAGAACAAUACAGUCGAUAGUCUCAGAUGCAUGGAUUUAAAUUUUUUGUCCAUCCCCAGCAUGUAUAGGAGUUUUUGCAGCGGUCCAGAAAGUUAGAAGUUUUAAUUCUAAA